GCUAGAUGUUCCUGUGGCAGACCACUAAUGUCGCAAAAAACACAAGCUGCUGUCCUCCUACUGUUGCUUCCAGCUCAGCGCGUCUCGAGCCGAACGCGUUUCUUCAACCUUAGCUACUUCGAGCGAACCACUCUGUGUUAGGUUGUCGUGGCAGGCUCUCGCAACUUCCGUAAUGUGGUGGCGUGUAGUCUUCAAACGCCAGGUGUUAGCUUGAGUUGAGUGACGAAGCCGCGACCAUCCGUGACAGCCACUUACAUCACCCUAGCCGUUCCAAUGCCGUACGUUGCUCGAGUCUAGCUGUUUAUCAGUCAACCCGGGCCGCCGCCAUUCGCCGUCAUCCGGACCAAUUCCUAAUCACGAGAUGGGUUGUCUUCCUUCUAAAGAGGGCACGGCGAGCGUCCCCGUAUCAAAAAGCUCCAAGUCGGUACCUUCGCUCUCAACUGCCAAGGUCUCAACGGCAGACGACGGCGACGAAUCGUCUUCUAACAUCCGAUUCCUCACUUACGACGACAUCAAGCGAGCCACGGACAACUUCUCCAAUGUCCUCGGUGAAGGCGGCUUCGGUAAAGUGUACAAGGGCCGGUUACGCGGCGUUAAUGGGGAUGACGACGAGGACGUGACGUUCGUCGCGAUCAAGGUUCUGGCUCCGCACAGCUUCCAAGGAAUCGAGGAGUUCCUGAACGAGAUUUCGUCAGUGGAGAGCGUGCAGCACCCCAACAUUGUGAAGCUGCUGGCAUGCUGCACGGAGAAGGUCAAGGCGCUGGUGUACGAGUACAUCCCCAUGGGAGACGUCGACGCGCUGAUUGCCAAGUGUUCGGAGGGCAAGGCGAAAUUUUCGUGGGCUGACCGGAUGAAGGUGAUCAUGGGCACAGCGGAGGCCUUGACGUACAUUCACAGGCAGCGGUUCAUCCAUCGAGACUUCAAGGCCAGCAACGUGCUACUAACAGAAGACUUCACUCCAAAGGUGGCGGACUUCGGUCUGGCCAAGGGCAUAGAUGACUGGAAGACGCACGUGACGACGCGGGUCAAGGGCUCCAUGGGUUACAUUGACCCCACAUACUUUGAGUCAGGGCAUCUAUGUGACAAAAGUGACGUCUUUGCCUUCGGCUUAUACUUGGUUGAGAUUCUCGCCGGCAAGUCGGUGCUGCGACAGGGGUUUGCUGAGGACAUCAAGGCGUGGCUAUAUGAGGCAGAUGCUCUCAGCGCCGAAGACAUGCUCGAUCUCUCAAUCUUGAAUGAAGCAAACAAGAGGGAAGCACAUGCCAUCGCCAUCAUUGCCAAGCAGUCGACGGCUAGAGAUUGGGCCGAUCGUCCAACCAUGGAGGAAGUGUUGGAGGUGCUAAAAAUUGCGAUUAAACUACCAGAGGCUCCUAGAAAAGACAACGAAUCUCAAGAGAACGGAUCAUGCAUGACUGCAUUAUAGUGUUUUGAAGGGCUUCUACUUAGAAUGGGGUAUUUGGUUUAUUUAUAAGAAAUCAAUCUUCGUUUGUGUACCGGUGUAAGUUCCACUUUUGC